GUCGUGAACUAUAUUAUUAAACUUGCUCUAAAAGUUACAUCAACAAAAAUGAUAUCACACACCCAUAGUCCCACACCAACACAUGUUCUUGAUUUCCCAAGCCGCAAGUAAACUUUUUCUUGCAUCCCCACUCGUGAUAAAAAAAGGUCCUCCCACCACAUACAGACAGAGGCAGCAGCAAGCAAGCAGCUACCAACCAACCUCUGCAUCACUUGAUCCUCCUGCACACCACUGCCCGUCAGUGCACAGAGCUAGCUAUCUUCCAUGGCUCAAGAGCUCCAAGAAACGUCCUCUUCCUCUGCCACCACCACCACCUCGUCGUGUACCACCUCUUGCUGCUCGUCCACUGUCACGGACUCGUCCUCGUCGCCCCCGUCACCGGCGGCGGCCAAUGCCGCGCCCGCGCCACGGAAGGCGGAGGCCGAGACUGGCGGGGACGAGGACGGUUGUGCUGGUAAGGCGGCGCCGGCGAAGAAGCGGGAGCGGAGCAGCGAGGGGAAGCACCCGACGUACCGCGGCGUGCGGAUGCGGGCGUGGGGCAAGUGGGUGUCAGAGAUCCGCGAGCCGCGCAAGAAGUCGCGCAUAUGGCUCGGCACGUUCCCGACCGCCGAGAUGGCCGCGCGCGCCCACGACGCCGCCGCGCUCGCCAUCAAGGGCCGCGCCACGCAACUCAACUUUCCGGUCCUCGCCGGCGUGCUCCCGCGCGCCGCGUCCGCGGCGCCCAAGGACGUCCAGGCCGCCGCCAUGCUGGCCGCCGCGUUCACGUCGCCGUCGUCAGCACCAUCGGAGCUCGACGCCGGCGCGCCGGCGCCACGCGAAGUGCCCGCCACAAAGAACGGCUCCCCGUCCGAGGACGAGGCAGGCGCUGAGGCGCCGGUACCACCGGCGGCGGCCUCUCAGCCAGGGACGCCGUCGAGCGGCGUGGACGAAGAGCGGCAGCUGUUCGACUUGCCGGACCUGCUCCUCGACGUCCGGGACGGGUUCGGGCGCUUCCCGCCGAUGUGGGCCCCGUUCCAUGACGUGUUGGAGGUCAAUGCGGAGGAGGAGCCGCUGCUUUGGGAAUAGCAGUCUUGCAAUUACAAAGAGGGUCUAAACAAUAGUACCAGUGGUAUCCCAUUUCCUCAUCUUUGUUCUCCCCCUCUCUUUCUUUCUUUUUUCUUUGGAAAAGCAGCUAGUUUUUUUUCUUCUUAUCUUUAAUUUGGUUAAAUAAGUAUAAACAUAUAUAAACAAGAGAGAUAUAAGCUGUGUACUUAUAAGUGUAAGACGAGUAAGUACCGAACAGUUAAUUAUUAAAGAUACUAGUAGUACCAGUAGUAAUAAUGUUA